AUGUAUGACUAUCACAAAGAUGAGGUUAGAAGCGGUAAAUAUCAAAGAUUAGAAAUGACGAAUAAGUCUCACAGAAAUGAAACCUAUUAUUACUUGUAUUUCUACCUCUGCAUCUUCUGUGCCGUAUUAAGAAGAGAAAGAUCUUGGAUCGAGGGUACGGAAAUACUAGAAUGGAUACAUUGGAGGGCCCAUCUUAGGACUUGUCUUGAGAAGCUGAAGCUGCUAGUGCCACUCGGGCCUGAAACCUCGAGGCACACCACGUUGGGCCUUUUGACCAAGGCCAAACGGUUUAUCAAGAACCUAGAGGACCGUGAGCGUAAGCAUACCAUACACAAGGAGCAGCUGUCGCGCGAGCACAGGUUCCUGAGACGGCGGCUCGAGCAGCUGACGAACCAGACCGGCCUCCAUGGCCUUCAUGCGCUUCAUGGCCUCCACGGGCUCAGCACGAGCGCGCCGACCGGCUCUGUCGCCGCCGCUGCCGCCUCCGCAGCGAUGCUGUCUAAGCGGCGUAGUAUCUCUGAGUGCUCCCUGGGCACGGUAUCCACCAGCUCGACCGGAAGCUCCAGUAACUCGGACAGGUCUGCAGGUAGCCCAUCCAUCUCGGAGUCCGAUGAAGUGGACGUAAUUGGUUACACGAGCAAUCAAUCGGACACCGAUGAUCAUAGUAGCGUACAGAGUAGUAGCGACAGCGGUGUCGCGAUGUCCACCUCCAGACUGACUCUUUCCGAGAUGAUGGACAAUCUUUAGACAAAGAGACGGUGCGAUGCGAUGGCGGCGAAAGAAGAAACGAUUGAAGAAGGAAAAGGGAAAAGGAUAGGGGAUAGGAGAUAGAGCGAAAGGAAGAAGGGCGUACGAAAAUUGACGGCGCGUGAAAUAUCGACUCAUACACACGUUACAUAUGUACACAUAAAAUGCACAUUUAAAUUCCUCCUCAAUGCAACUUUGUCCUUCCAAAAUGGCCUGACUGGCAAAGCAACGUUGAAGAAGAAGAAGAAGAAGAAGAAGAAGAAGAAGAAGAAGAAAAAGAAGAAGAAGAAGAAGAAGUCUUUUGGAUAUCACUCGACUUGCGAAGAUUUUCAAACAAUGGAAUAGGUUUAAAAAAUUAGAUAUGAAAGGGGUACUUGGAUUACUAAGGCUCAAAAAACAUCAAUCGUGAUGCAAAAAGAAGAAAAUAGAAGAAACGAAGUUAUCUUUGAUAUCAUCUAGCCUAUUACAAAGAAGAGAAGAAGUCUUCAAUACUUUCGUUGAAUAUUGCGAAGAAGAGAUAAAUAACUUGAAGAAAGAAGAGACUAACGAAAAAAUAAAGACAGAAGAAAUGGUCCAUUCUAAGUUUAUUAUAUGAAAAUGAAGAACAGUUUAGGAACGGAUUAAAACAAAAGGAUGUAUAAAAUAUAAAUAUUAUCAGCUAAGAAGAACAACAUUUGGAAAUAUUGAUCAGAGAAAUCAAUAAGAAAAUAAACCAAUCGCUUUCAAAAAACUGUAAACGCAAAUGGAAGAUUUUACAUUUUCCGAAAUUGCAGUGAAGUCUGGUAUAUUAUGCAUUUAAAAGAAAAUAAAAGAAAAACAACGAGGAGAAAGAAAGAUGAAAGAAACGAAAUAAAAGAAAAAAAGUCAAUCUAGACAAGAAGGCAAAUAAUUUGAGAUAAAGGUAGAGAGUUAAGAGGAAAUGAGGAAAGUAAGAAAAGAAAAAAAUUGGGAAAAUUUAACGAACAAAAAACAAGCCACUUUUCAGAAAAUUGAUGUCGUUGAAAAAGGAAUGGAAGCAUGAAAAAUAAGAAAAAAAAUGAGCAGAAAGGAAAUGGAAAGAAAAAAAGGUAGCAUUAUUAAGUUGUUAGGAACAACUAGAAGAGUGUGAAAAAGAAGAUUAUUGUAAAUUAUCGACAACUGACGAAAUUAUAGCAGCAUUGUACAUAUUUUUAAGAACAUACAGAUUUAUUAAGACAGAGUGGAUGUGCUGCAAGAGGAAAGAGCGAAAGGGGGGAGAGAGAGAGAGAGAGAGAGAGAGAGGAGAGAGAGAGAGAGAGAAG